UGUUUUUAAUUUGGAAAGCCCUCCUCUUCCUGCCCCCUUCCUCCGCUCCUCCUCUUUCCUCGGCUCCGCUAGGAAAGUUAGACCCCGGCCCGGCGUCGCGGGUGCAGAGCGGACGGCGGGCCCGGCGGAUUCCUUACCAGGAGGCCACUCUUCAGUCCUCUACACUCUCUCCACCACAUGAUACCAUCUCCAAGACAGAAAAGUGUUUUCAUUUUGGUCCAGCAGAUCUGUUGGGCAAUAGCAGAGUAGUGUUACCUGCCUGUCUAAGCCAGCAUCGGGCUCACCUGGAUUACUGCUGCCGUCCGUCUUCACUGCGUACUUCCACUCUUGCCCCCUCAAGAUAAAGUGUAAUCAGAUCCCGUCACUCCACUGAUGAAAGUCCUCCAAGGAUUUCCCAGCUGCAGUUACAGCAAAUCGCAGAUGUUUUGCCUCAGCCUUCAGGACUAAUUGGAAUUCUUCAAAAUGUCAGGUGUGAUCCCCACAGCCCCUGAGCAACCUGCAGAUGAGAAGGACAAUCAGAUAAAGUCUCCUGAUCAAAGGCCUGAUGCACCUCCUGACUAUAAUUCCCAUUUUGUACCAGUAAUGUCUACACCCAAUGUGGGGCUCAAACUCACAACCCCAAAAUCAAGAGUCCUAUGCUGUACUGACCGAACCAUCCAAGUGCUCCCUCAAGCAUUCUGGAUGACAACCUACUAUGACCCACAGACCCCCUGGACCGGCUGUCCCUGCACCUGCAGGCUACGCAGGAGGCUUGCCUAUGGGAUACAACAGUCCGCAGCAGCCCGGUACCUUCUUCUCAUACCAGCCAGCUGGUGGUGCCCAUCCUAUCCAGUACCAGCCUGGCAAAUACCAUAUGUCAAAUCAGCCUGUUUCAGUAACAUGGAUGCCAGGGCCUCCUCCUAUACCAAACUGUCCUCCUGGUCUGGAAUACUUAACCCAGUGAUCACAUCUUUUGAAACUAAUAAUGGAUAUGAUAUUAAAAACAACCUGGACCAGAUGGUUUACAUCGUAAAUGAAGACACAGACGACUUUACCAGAAAUGCUUAUCGGACACUAAGGCCCUUCGUCCUCCGGGUCACUGACUGUAUGGGCCGAGAAAUCAUGACCAUGCAGAGGCCUUUCAGAUGCACCUGCUGUUGCUUCUGUUGUCCCUCCACCAGGCAAGAGCUGGAGGUGCAGUGUCCUCCUGGUGUCACCAUUGGCUUUGUUGCAGAACACUGGAACCUGUGCAGGGCAGUUUACAGCAUCCAGAAUGAGAAGAAAGAAAAUGUGAUGCGAGUACGUGGGCCAUGUUCAACCUAUGGCUGUGGUUCAGAUUCUGUUUUUGAGGUCAAAUCCCUUGAUGGUGUAUCCAACAUCGGCAGUAUUAUUAGGAAGUGGAACGGUCUGUUAUCAGCAAUGGGCGAUGCUGACCAGUUUGAAAUUCACUUCCCAUUAGAUAUGGAUGUGAAGAUGAAAGCCAUGAUUUUUGGAGCCUGCUUCCUCAUUGACUUCAUGUAUUUUGAAAGAUCACCACGACGUUCAUCAAGAUAGAUGGACACAGCAAAUCAACAAUUAUGGUUAAUUAAAAAAAAUUAGAGAAGUUGGAUUGGGUUUAUAAUCCCCUGAAUUAUUUGCAAAUAUAUGUAUCUGCUUUUGCAGAUUAUUUUUACUGGGUAUUAGCUCUGACAGGUAGGCUGAGUGUAAGGGCAAGAACACGUGUUUUAAUUGAUUGAACCAUGUGUUUUAAUUGAUUGUCUCUCUGUCUACAUGGUAGACUAGGAGUUCACCUUGAAAAAGCUAUAACUCAUUAACCAAGUAGACAUAAUACAAUGAGCUUGAAAACACUUUACUUACCCUGAGAUAAGGGAAAAUGAAUCCCAGGGCUCUCACAUUAAUGGGUCAUGAAAUGGCAAGCUUUUUAGAGCAGUCUUUGAGAUAGAAUAAAACAGCUUUUAUCCCCAACCCUCUCCAACCUGUCCUCUCCAUCAACUUGUCCUGUUACUGAAGAUAAAUUUGAUUCUAAGUGAAAAGAAUAAUACUCUUGACCUUUAAAACAAAAAGGAAGGUAGGCAGAAAUACUGUGUGUUAUUGUACAAGGAAAAAUUUACUUGUGCAUAUGUAUCAAACCUUGUUCUGAAAGUUUAUAAGUUUCAAUGGAAAAUUUGAUUUUAUUACCAAACAAAACAUUUUUUAAAAAAUCAUAAGGUUCUAUUUUCCAUACCUAUUCCCUCAUUCACUAGCGUGGUCUAUCAGGACCUGCCUGGACAUGGAGUCAGGGUCAUCCUAUCAGGAAAAGAGGUGACAAGGGCCACAGCUUGUCUAGAUCUCUGAGCAACUCAGAGACAUCAGUGUCCUUAUGAGGAGCUUGCGUUUAAUCUAUUUAAUCUCUCUUGGCCACAGAUGCCUUACAUAUGAAAUAUUUUGGCCAAAUCUCAAAGAUUGCCUGUUGAACUUCCGUAUCUCAUGGGGUGUGACACAGAGGAGAUAGUUUUUAUUUUUCUUUCUUUCAAGAUCACUGAUAAUCACCAUGUUUUUCUAACUGCAGGAAUUGAAAUUGGGUUUCUAAAUUUUGAAAUGUGGCAUUCUGUGUAGCACUUUGUAAAAGCAAAACUACGAAUUUUGACGUUUUUAAAUAUUUCUUAGCUGCUUUUUAUUUAGAUGAUAGAUAAAUCUGCCUGUGCAAAGAAGAUAAUAAAACUUCUCUGUGAACUAUAGCUUUACAGUAAAAUUCUGUAGGAUCGACAUAGUUACAGUAUAAGCAUACUUGUUAUUAGCUAGUUAAGAGCACAGUGUAUUGGUGAAUAGUUGCUGAUGAAUCAGCCUGUGUCUUUUGUACUCUACCUUCCUAUCUGGACAUGGACUGUGUUUUUUCAACACAGCCAGUAUGUAGAAUGAAAUGUAUUCUUCUCCUUGUUAAAUAAAGCAACUAAGUGUUCUCUGAUGGGAUUACUCGGAGAUGACAGCCUUUGCCCACAAUUCCUGUUGAAGUCAAAGAAAGGUGCUUCAUUUUACAAUUAUAUUUAUCUUUUCAUGGUAAAGUUGUUUCAUUCAGUUUCUUGUAAUUUCUAUAUUUAGGUGCUACUGCUAGCUUUUUUUUUAAGUGUUAAACUGCUGCUUUUCUAAAAAGUACAACUACCUUAUAUUUGAAAAUACGAUUGCAGUCUUAGACAUAUAUAUUAUUUCUUAUAAUAAUAUCUGACAUUUUAUGUAGGAAAUGAGACAAUAAUAUUGAGAAAGUUUAUCUGUACAAACUUCAUUUUUACUUGCCCGCAUCCCUACAUCCCAAGACCUGCUGCAUAAUGCUAAGAAAAGAUUAUUUAACAUAUGACAUUUUAAGUUUCUGUUCAAAGUUUUCAUGGCAUUAAGUUGUCUCUUACAGUUAUUAUCCCUCUGUCUUUAAAAGUAAUACCAUGUGUCUUAUUUUUUUAUACUAUGGUUCAUAUUAUAGUUUCUAUAUUUCUUAAUGGUAUUUCAUUGUGUAAAAUUGAUCAGAGUCACUAAAAAAAAGCUACUCUCUUUGUAUUUUAAUGCUUCAUCAUACUGUUUUUGGCUUUUAAAUAAAUAUAAUAUGGUUUAUAGUGAAA